GGCAGGGCAGGGCCCCACCCCUCGUCCAUGUCCAUGUCCAUCCCGCCACCCAAGCCCCAAACAUACGCCGCAAAGCCAGCGCGGCACCCUGCUCUGCACUCUGCUCUCUGCUUUGACCACCACCACCACCUCCCCUCCCUCCCGAGUAGAGGCCAAGCUCUCCUCUCUGCCCGCCGCCCGCCAUGGAUCCGGCGUCCGAGGAGCUCGAGCGCCGCAGCCGCUACCUCAGCUCGCUCAUCCGCCGCACCAAGCUCAGCGCCGCGCCCGCGCCCGCUCCCCUCCCCCCUACUCCUCCCCCGGAGCCAGAGCCCGACACGAAGCUCGAGCUGGACCUCGAGCGGGAGCGCUCGCCCCUCCGCCGCGCCAAGCUCGGCGCCGCGCCCGCUCCCCCUCCUUCCACCCCUCACCCGGAGCCCGACACCAAGCUGGAGCUGGAGCCGGCGCCUAGGAGCCGGAGACCCGCGGAGGCCAAGGCGGCGGUGGAGAAGAGGGAGGUGCAAGACGCGGACGGGAAGGACAAGGGGAAGGAGGAGCGGAAGGUCUCGGUGCGGGUCCGGGCGGCCGACAUGCCCGCGGCAAUGCAGCGGCGCGCGCUCCGGCUCGCCUACGACGCCGUCGCCGCCGCCACGCCGCGGGUCGACGGCAAGCGCCUAGCGCUCGCGCUCAAGAAGGAAUUCGACACCGCAUACGGCCCUGCUUGGCACUGCAUUGUUGGGACGAGCUUUGGUUCCUAUGUCACUCACUCUUUGGGAGGUUUUCUAUACUUCUCUGUUGACAAGGUCCACAUUCUUCUCUUCAGAACUGCUGUUGAGCCAUUAGGCCACCUACGGUGAGACCUGCAAUCAGUUCAUUAGGUAGUCUAGAUGCUCUGUAGUCUGUAUUGGAACCUCUAACAUGCAGAAGGUUAAGGAGGGUAGGCUGAUCUCCGUGAAAAUAUGUAGAACCAAUCUGUUGUAACUUCCAUGUAUUAUGUGCUCAUCUGCCAUGUAAACCCUAGCACUUGUUAACCUGCAAGGCUGUACUAAGUUUGGCAGUUCUUCGGCUCCUUAUCAGGUAGCAUAAUGCUUAAGCUUGUAACCUUUGCUGACAGCCUUGAUUCAGGCCUAAAUUUGUGAAGCCGCUGCAGGGCUCCUAUCAUUGGUCUACUGAAUGCAAUGCCUACUGUUUGGAUC